CAACCCCCCAUCAGUAAAAAGCCUUAUAUAUAUUCUUUUAGAAAAAUAUAGCUUUUUUCUUCUCUUUUUUUAAAAGUUGAUUCAAUAAUAAUAUGGCCAUGGAUGCCAAUGGGGUUCUUUCUUUUUCAGAUGAUCUGGUGUUUAAGCAGAAGAAAGAUGAGGUUUUGAUCAACAAUAAUGGAUGCUCUGAUCAUGUGCAAGUUUCUGAAGUUAUGGAAGACAAAAAAGAUAAAGAAGAAGAAGAAGAAGAUAACUCCAUUAUAAUCAAUGGUGAUGAUCCUCUCAAUUAUCCAACCAUUCCUGGUUGGUUUUCUGAGCACUGCCCGCAAUGGCCAGGUCAAGCACACUUCUUAAAGGUGGAUAAAGUUUUGUUUCAAGGAAACUCUGCCUAUCAAUCCAUGUUGGUCUUUCAGACAUCAGCAUAUGGAAAGGUAUUUGUGUUGGAUGGAGCACUCCAACUCACUGAGAAAGAUGAAUGUGCUUACCAAGAAAUGAUUACCCACCUUCCUCUUUGCUCUAUCCCAAACCCUAAAAAGGUAUUGGUGAUUGGGGGAGGAGAUGGUGGCAUUCUAAGAGAGAUUUCGAGGCAUUCUUCCAUUGAACAUAUUGACAUUUGUGAAAUAGACACCAUGCUCAUUGAUGUAUACAAGAAGUACUUUCCCGAAAUUGCAGUUGGAUACAAAGAUUAUCGAGUGAAUCUUCAUAUAAUUGAUGGAAAUGUUUUUCUGAGUUCUGUUCCACCAGGAAGCUACGAUGCAAUCAUAGUCGACGCUUUCGAUCCAAUAAAGCCCGAUGAUGAGGUGAUGAGAAGUAAGUUGUUUGAGAAGGUAGCAAAAGCACUUAAAGAAGGAGGAGUACUUUGUAUUCAAGCAGAAAGUCUUUGGUUUCACUCUCUUGACAUUCAAAUUUUGAUCUCCAAAUGCAAACAAGUUUUCAAAGGCUCGGUUCAAUAUGCUUGGACCAUUGUUCCGGCUUACCCUAGUGGAGUAAUUGGUUUCUUGUUGUGUUCGACUCAAGGGCCAAAAGACGUUGACUUCAAAAAUCCGAUCAAUCCCAUUGACUCAAACACGAACUUUGGAGUUGCAACCCAACCAUUGAAGUUUUACAACUCAGAGGUGCAUUCAGCAGCAUUUUGUUUGCCAUCAUUUGCAAAGAAAGCGAAAGGAUUAAGAAGCAAUAACUAAAGGAAAAGAAGGGAUAAAAUUGAUAGACAUUUAGAUUGAGAUUUUUCUUUCUUCUUUUUUUAUGUGCAACCACACAACUUUAGAAAGAAACAUUUCUCCAAUAUCAAAAUCUUUUUCAAUUUCCCACUUGAUAUAUUAUUUGGUUCUCCAUUUGAUAUAUAUAAUAAUUGAGCUUGGGUUUGUUGUAGUUUUUAUUUUCUAUGAGUAUUGGUUUGCACCAUAAACCUAUCUUGUAUUGACUCUAAAACUUUAUUCAUCUUCGAAUCAUCAUGGUUUUGAAUGUUAUUUUGUUGCUCUA